AUGAUGGAACCUGACACUGAUUUGUCCUUUUCAGCCUGCAGCAGCUUAGACGGGGGCUCGGCAGUGGAAACCCCGACGAAGCAGACCAAGUUGGAACCGCCCGACAUUGACAUUGAUGCCAAGGAGAUGCGCCAGAUGUUUGUCAAGAGGUGGCAAAGACUUGGGAAAGGGUGGCAAAAGAAGUUUCUGAUUGGCAACUGUUUGCCCAAAGGCGUCAAGCCCCAGACUGCAGCAGCCCAACAACUUGCAAAUCAGCCUUGGGUCUUUGGUGCCAAAUCUGGUUGCGGGUGCCUUCCCUGCAGCAAAGCUAACACUGGAAGUGAGUGGGGCUUAGCUACUGCUGGUCUGGUGCCCAAAUUCCGGGCUUGCUUCUUGCAAAAGCACCAAGAGUGCAAGAGUCAUAUUGAUGCGGUCAAGAUGAUGCUUGGAAUUGGGGUCGAUGUUCCCGGCGCCCCACCACUGGAAGAAUUUGAGAGCCUCCUGAAGAAGCUGCAAUCUGGCUCUUCGAUGAGAAGUUGCGGGGACUUCAAAGGCCAAAGCUCAGACAAGGCUUCGCUGAUGGCAUGGUGCCUCCACGAGGAAAAAUACGACACCCGCUUCGGCAUUUUGGGAAUGGCACGCGCAACAAGGGAAGUUUUGCAACGCUUCUGCACCAAGUACAAUGAUCCUCCCAGGUACUAUGCUGGUCCAAAGCCUGAGUUCAACGAAGGUCUUUUUGAUAAAGUGAGGAAACGGGUUGAAAUCAUUUUGACAGACGCGGCAGCUAACGAGUUGCUGGCCAGCAAUGUGACAAGGGGAGCAAGAGACCCAAACAUCGAAGGACCAGGUGCACAGAUCCUUCUUCCAUGCCUGAAGCUGGUUGCAAGAGAUCACGCGCAUGCAUUUCGCCGCGUGAUUCAAAGGCCUUUCAAAGCCACCGACCAUUUGUCUGCGCUGAUGGCAGAACAUGUCUUGGGCGCAAAUUCGCCAGUGAGAAUCAUAGAUGGUUCGUUCAUCUUCAGGCAAUGGUUUGAUGAUGAGGUGGCCAAGCUGGUGAACGGGAAUGUCCACUGCCACAACUUGAAAUCAGCCAAACACCGCUUCGAGUCCCACACCGCUCCGCUUUGCCGACUCUUGAGCAACCUCCCUGCUGUGCUAGCCACCGUGCAACGGAUCAUCCAGGCCAGGAAGGAUCAAACAGGCUCAGCGCUGCAAACUUGGCUGCAGAAUCUAGCAGCCCAAGAAUUGCUGCAGCUUGGUAUGGUGGCUGACGUCAUGGAUGAAAGCCUGCUGCUCAUCAGGCAGGUUGACAACGAGGAAUGCGACAGCGCUGAAGUUGGAAACUACGUGCAGAGUUUUGCUGAUCGGAUUCAGAUGCUGAUUGUGCAGAAGGCUAUACUGACGACAAUGGGAUACACGAAGCUUGUGAUGGACUUGCUCGCGGAGGGGAAGCUGAAGUUUUUCGCUUGUGGUGUUGCCUGCCGCUUGGGGCCCUGUCAGGAUGAGUCAAUCGACCAAUGCUUCAAGAACAUGGAGGUGUUUUCUUUGAAAAGAGUGUCCAAAACAGACACCUUCUUCCAGAGCUCGGCCGACAGCAGUGUAGAGCGUUUGGCUAAGUUCUUUGGGGUGAGCUCGGGCGGCUUCCAGGAGCAGCUACACCGCCUUCGCCCCCUGGCAGAAAAGCGAUGCAGAGACACCAAUGGUGGAACCCGAGAGGCUUGGACAGCGACCAUGAAAGCUACUCACCUGCGAAAUUCUAUGCAGGACUGCUCAGAGUCCUACCCAACAGCUGACAUUGCUCCAGUGAUGCGUCGCUAUCUUGCAUGGCAGGCGAGCACAAGUGGCGUGGAGCAGAACUUCGCUAGAGGUGAGCGCAAGAAUGCAUUUGGACAGACGCCUGCAAGUGAUGUGUUUGAAGAGCGGGCAAUGAAACUGAUGCUUUGCGCAUGUCGCAAACGAAAGAGCGAACGCAUCGACAAAGACAUCAAGCGCCCCAAGACGAAUGAGGACCCAUCAAGCUCAGAGGCAGCGUUCAAAAGAGCAAGGAGGGACAGUGUGGCCAAUGCAGUGGAGAAAGAUUGGGAUCAAAGCCUUUCCUUCAAUUUGGAUGAAGAUCCCAGCCAUGAACUUUGGGCUGAGGCCCACGAGAAGGAGUUCGAAUUCCAGAAAAAGAAACAAAGAGAGCACAUGGUCACAGCCUACCAAGAGGGUUUACUCCAGGAGGCUGAGGUGGAUCAGGAAGCGGUUGAAACAACGCUUGCCAAAGAAAAGGAGCGAGACAAAUUGCUGGUGCGUGAGGGCAAGGUGCAACGAUCUUUUGCUGACAAGAUGCAUGGCCCCUUGGAGUGGGAGCAUCUGAGCGGCAAGACUGCUUGGGUAGCUUCAGACAUUCAAGAAGACAAGUUGGACGUAGCACUGCCAAAGUUCAACAUCACAAAAACCAAGGAACGAACAGAUGCAGAUGCAUUGAUCGUCAAGGAUGCCGCCAACAUGCCUGAAAGGGCCAGGCUUUUUGCGGCUGGACUUGGUUUGAUUGUCAUGGACGCCUGCCUGUUCAAUGGCCAGCAAGGAUUCAAGGUGAAAUUCAAAAGAGCAUGUGGGACCUCUCGAACAUGUUUCUUCACAGCCGAGUUCAAGAACCAACACCCUGAGUUUGAGAAGAAUGUCAGGUCUUUGCUGAACAAGCCUGUGAAGUUCAGCCACUGGAAGCUCGCGAAGACUAGACAAGAAGCUAGUUUUGUCUUGGCGACCAAAGCUGAGUGUCAACAUGAUCCGACUCAUUGGCCCAUUCUCAAGCCUGCCGUUGCCUACUACAGUGUUGAGGCGAACCCGGCUUCGUCUGGCGAGGGGACCUCCUCCCGUUACGGACCCGUGGACGACGAGGAGCAAGCUUUGGUUGUGCAGCUUAUCAGAGCAGGAAAGACCAAAAAUGAAGCGCAGCAGCAAGCAGCCCAGGCAAAGGAAGUACAGGUGAAGGCAAUGAAAGAGGCAAAGAUGCAGAGAAGUCAAGCCAAAAAGGCUGGCAACCCCCCUGCAGCUGCAGGCGGGAUGCCUGGGCAGCCUGCUUUGACCAAUCUCAACAUGCCCGCUGACGCCCAAAAGAACCAGGGCUACUAUGAGUCGCUGAUGGAGGCGAUCAACACCAUUUUGAAAUGCCCGAAGUUCUCCGACAUCCGGGUUGCCGAACCGCUUGCCAUCACUGAUGGAGUUGACGCUUCGUCGGGCGUGCAGGCGGUGUUCAACCAGCAGGAAGCGAAGAUCGCACUGCAGAAGGAAGGCGCUUACAGAAGUGCCAUUAACCUUUUUUGGUUAGACCCUUUUGGCAGCCCAACGCCAACCGUGCCACUAUCCAAGAAGCGGGUCCAGGAAUUGGGUUCAUUUGCGUUUCCCGGCUACAAGCCAGCACAUUUGGCCGACAGCUUUUGCGUGGGUGUGGAUGCCCCUGACACCGACUUUCACGCUUUGAAGGGCAAUUGGCGCCCUGUGUCCCCAGAAGAAAUGCAUCACUGCAUAAUCUUCACUCUUGCUGCCGCAAUCGAUUCUGGCGAGGUUGACGAUGCUGGUUUGGAUCAGUGGCGCACCAUGAUUUUGUCUUGUCCCGUGAUGAUCAUUCUCAUGGAUGGCGGCCCGGACCAGCUUUUUUGGCAAGCUUUCAAAAAGCGCCAGCAAGUGGUUGCAAACUAUGAGGCCUGUCGCCGAACCGCAAGGCAACUCGCUUACGAAGUUGCAUCUCUGAAAGCACAGAAGGAAGCCGAGUCUGGCGAAAUCUUGUCAGUGAAAGAUUUGAGCGACUUGUUUGCCUUGCACCAGUCGGACAUGGCAAUCGCAAGCAAGCGGACAGACAUGGCGGAUGGAUUCGUGAAGGACUGCAUUUUUGUGUUUGAGAAGAUGCUGAGCGAUCCAGUGUGCAACGCUUGCUUGGACGUGUUGGAAGAGAAGUAUGGCCUGUCCUCCCCACUGAACUCACUUCAGAAAAUGCGAGUGAUCAUUGAGAAGUCAGAAUCGACUCCAACCAGGCAAUGGGUCAUGGAAGUGAUCACUGACAUGGUGAUUAAUGGACAGAUCGAUCGGGAAACCAUCAGCAAAUCCUACCUGCAGGGAAGUGGCACCAAUGCAUCAUUGGUUGAACUGUUGAAGCUCAAGCUCCAAACAGUCAAGCAUUUCCUCCAGGUUGAGAUGCCGCGCAGCCAGUUUCACGUGCCUGACUUGAAGAUGAUCGAGCAGAAGAUUUUGACCGUUUCAGAUUACCGGGUCUACGUCACUCCCGGGAAGGCUGGUAACAGAGAGGCCGACAACAAAUGGAUGAGCACCCUCAAAUGUAGCAGCAUUGCUUGCUUGAAGUUGGUGGAGGACAUCCUCUACACAACAAAUUUGAAUGGUGCUAUGAUCGCUUUGCUGCGCAAAGGCAAGGGUGCGAGCCCAUUGGAACUGAUGGAGAUUGAAACAUUCAGCCUCCGAUGGAAGGCCGCAGUUGCCGCGAAAGACAAUGAGAUCGCAGCUGAACGAGCUCUUGACGGCAAGCAAAAGGACCAGGAGGUGGAGGAGGAGACGGACGAGUGCAAGAAGAUAGCCCUUGGCUCAGUUCAAGCUGAACCUUCAAAGUACCAGAGGGGGAGCGCGCAGCACUACACUGCGACGGCUGCGCAACAAGUGCAGAUCUAUGUUUCCCUCGUUGUUGAGCCUCCAACUUUGGCAGGUGUUGCUCGGGUGAUUGAAGAGAGCCAGCUGUCUGGCAAGUACCAAGGUGCUCAAGGCAAAAGCUGCAUCAUGAUCCACUUUGACGUACAGCUUUUCGCAGAAGCCGUGAAAAGACCUGACAGAAGAGCGCCUGCUCUCACUGCAGCCCUUCUGAAGAAGUUGGUCCACGGGGCGAUCAAGGGAAGGGGUGGCUCUCCCAACCAAAAGGUGGGCCCGGACCACUAUGACAAACCGUUGGAUGGAGAUUUCAUUUUUUUGAAUGAUGGAGGUCGCAACGUGGUUGACAUAUUGCUGUCCCCAUUCAAGACGAAGGACGCCAAAGGUGCGGCUCUUGCUCACUAUCUGGAAGAAUCAGUUGAAUCGAAAAGAAAGCUCAAUCGUGGAAUGACCAACCAAAUCCAACGCUGGCACGUUGUAUCCACAGAGUCCCUGGCGUCUUGGCUUCCGGAGCGAAAGCACACCAAGUACCCCGGGACCAACCGUGGCAACUGCAUCGGAUGGAUCGGGAAAGACAUGUACGGGGCCAAGAUGAUGGGCGGCUCCGAUGUCGCAGUUGAGGAUGGCAAGGAGGAGGAAAGAUCUGACGACAGCUUCGAACCAGCCUUUUACCAUCACCUCCCCGAAUCCUUGUACUCAGAUGCCAUUGGGGCAUAUGAGGUCCGUGGUUGCCUGGAUCUGACUCCGGGAUGUGGAGAUCUUGCACGGGCAUGUUUGCUUCGCCGCGUGCCGUACUUGGGAUUGGGAAUGACGGACCAACAUUGCUCCUUGCUCAAGGCACAGCUGGUGGAGUUCAUCAAGAUGCAGAUGAGGUCUGAAGGAUCAACUUACUACAGCCCUGAGUGGGCUGCUGCGUCAGACUCUGCCACGACGGCAAAGGAGGAGAAAAAACGCAAGAAUCAAUCCGAUCCCAAGAUUCAGCCCAAGCCACCCAAGAAGCCCAAGAACAAGAAGAAAGACGAGGAAGAGUUGCUCGAAGAUUCGGAUUCCGCUUCAGAGACUGAGGCGAAGUGA